GUGAGGCGAGGGAAAAAUGGCGGCGGGAGCUGCCGCUGCUGCAGGAGCACCGGGAGACGCGGCGGGGCCGCAGCGGGCGGCGGAGGCGCUGAGGAGCCCCUGAGUCGGGGACGGGGCAGGCGCCCUGCGUGGCAGCGGGGAGGCGGCGGGGCCCAUGUGCGGUGGGGGCGGCACCACCUCUGGCCGGUCUCCACCCGCAGAAGCACCGCCAGGAGGCACCGCAGACGGGUGAAGGUGAAGGAAGAGGAGGAGGAGGCCGACUAGGGCCGGCUGGCCGAGCGACAGCGGCGCCAAGAUGAAGUUCGCCGAGCACCUCUCCGCGCACAUCACCCCGGAGUGGCGGAAGCAGUACAUCCAGUAUGAGGCUUUUAAGGAGAUGCUGUACGCAGCUCAGGACCAGGCACCAUCGAUAGAAGUCACAGAUGAAGACACCGUGAAGAGAUAUUUUGCCAAGUUUGAAGAGAAAUUCUUCCAAACCUGUGAGAAGGAACUUGCCAAAAUCAACACUUUUUAUUCAGAGAAGCUUGCGGAAGCUCAGCGCAGGUUUGCUACCCUACAAAAUGAGUUGCAGUCAACUUUGGAUGCGCAGAGAGAAAAUAGCGGUCUUACCGCACUGCGGCAGCGUAAAAAGCCUGUCUUCCACCUGUCCCAUGAGGAGCGUGUUCAGCAUAGGAACAUCAGAGACCUGAAACUGGCCUUCAGUGAGUUCUACCUCAGCCUCAUCCUGCUGCAGAACUAUCAGAAUUUGAAUUUCACGGGAUUCCGUAAGAUCCUGAAGAAACAUGACAAGAUACUGGAGACUCCCCGAGGUGCAGAUUGGAGAGUGGCACAUGUCGAAGUGGCCCCAUUCUAUACUUGCAAGAAGAUCAAUCAGCUCAUCUCUGAAACGGAGACGGUGGUAACCAACGAGUUGGAAGAUGGAGACCGACAAAAAGCCAUGAAGCGGUUACGUGUCCCGCCACUGGGAGCAGCUCAGCCUGCGCCGGCAUGGACUACCUUCAGAGUCGGGCUGUUCUGUGGCAUAUUCAUUGUGCUGAAUGUUACUCUCAUACUUUCAGGUGUAUUUAAUGUGGAUAUAGAUAAUGUGUGGCCGCUCAUAAGAAUCUACCGAGGUGGCUUUCUCCUGAUCGAAUUCCUCUUUCUCCUUGGCAUCAACACAUAUGGUUGGAGGCAGGCUGGAGUGAAUCAUGUCCUCAUCUUUGAACUCAACCCUCGCAGUAACUUGUCCCAUCAGCAUCUUUUCGAGAUUGCUGGAUUCCUUGGGACAUUGUGGUGCCUGAGCUUACUGGCAUGUAUAUAUGGUAGAACCACCCCUAUUCUUAUGCAGGUGAACCCACUUAUCCUGUAUGGAUUCAUGUUGCUGUUUCUCAUUAAUCCCACCAAAACGCUCUACUACAAGUCCCGUUUUUGGCUGCUCAAACUCUUGUUCCGAGUGUUCACGGCCCCUUUCCAUAAGGUGGGCUUUGCGGAUUUCUGGCUGGCUGAUCAGCUCAACAGUCUGGCUGUGAUAUUGAUGGACCUGGAAUACAUGAUCUGUUUUUACAGCUUUGAGCUCAACUGGGGGGACAAAUGGGCCGAUCCAGGUCCUAAGAUUUGCAACUCCUACGCCUACGGUGUUCGAGCCGUUGUUCAGUGCAUUCCUGCUUGGUUGAGAUUUGUCCAGUGCCUGCGCCGAUACCGUGACACCAAACGGGCCUUUCCCCACCUGAUCAAUGCUGGCAAAUAUUCCACCACCUUCUUUAUGGUGACUUUUGCCGCCCUCUACAGCACUCAUAAAGAUCAGAAACACAUUGACCAUCGAGUGUUCUUCUACCUGUGGAUCGUCUUCUAUUUUAUCAGCUCCUGCUACACUCUUAUCUGGGACUUGAAGAUGGAUUGGGGUCUCUUUGACAAGAAUGCUGGUGAAAACACGUUCUUGCGGGAGGAGAUUGUCUACCCACAAAAAGCCUACUACUAUUGUGCCAUUGUUGAGGAUGUGAUACUACGUUUUGCAUGGACUAUCCAGGUGUCCAUCACCACCAUGGAGAUUUCCCCAUAUGCCUCAGACAUCGUUACCACUGUUUUUGCACCACUUGAGGUUUUCCGGCGGUUUGUGUGGAAUUUCUUCCGACUGGAGAACGAGCACCUAAACAACUGUGGCGAGUUCCGUGCUGUCCGGGACAUUUCGGUGGCGCCGCUGAACGCAGACGAUCAGACUCUGCUCGAACAGAUGAUGGACCAGGAAGAUGGUGUCCGAAACCGCCAGAAAAACCGGGCGUGGAAGCGUAGCCAGAGUGUGUCCUUGCAUCGACCCCGACUUGCUUCACAGUCCAAGGCUCGAGACACCAAGGUGUUGAUAGAAGACACAGAUGAUGAAGCAAACACAUGAAACGUCUACAGAGCCUAGUUCCACAUCCCUUGUUCUCUCUUGCUUUACUACCCUCCCCCCAACCAAUCCAACCUCUGGUACAGUUCCAGCUGAAUACAGGAGAAAAAUCUGAAUACACUUUCUGAGCUCUUCCGGACCGGAUCCUAUGGACUCCAGCAAGCUCACUGUGUUUUCUUUUGUUUUCUUCUGGUUUUUUAAUUUUGAUUUUCCUUGUGGGUUUUUUUUUUCAAUUUAGAAAAAAAAACUUCGUUUUUGCCAAUCAGAAGGACAUUUAAGGAAGGAACUGUCUUAAAGAUUGUUUACAAUCUCAUCGAAGGACAAAUAAUCUGGAUGAAGAACAAGCGUUGUCGUAGGGAUUCCCUGAUGGGACUCUGCCGAGAACUCGCUCGGUCUCUGCUCAGUCCAGUUUUGACUGGUUGAAACUGGACCUGCAUUUUUAACUCUGGCUCAUAUUCUCUCUCUCUCUCUCUCUCUCUUUCUGUCCCUCCCUUUUUUGUUGGUUUAUCUUCCUUCAUAUCUAGCGCCAAGGCACUCACUGCACUUGCCGGAAAAGUGCACUUAGAGCAGUACCUUCAUUCACGAAGCUACUUUUUAAUUUGAUGUAACUUUCUUAAAUAACUUUUUGGGGAAAAUGUGACGUUAUUUGUUGCACAUAGUUUUCACCACUAUUUAUGAUAGCUAACAACCAAUUCAAGAAAGGUUUGAAAGUCCUGUGCAAUGAAGACAGCAACUCUCUAAAGACCAGGCGAGUGGUGGGGGAAGGGGGUCGGAGUUGUAGUUCCUGGAUCGCUCUUGAGAGGUCGAACUCUCCAAAAUACCUCUUGGGUGAGAGAGCUUGCACUGGUUUGACCUGGCAUGUUAUUUUAUUUUAAGCCAAAGUUUCUCUGAUUGGUUUUAUUUGCUGCUGGUGGUCCUUCAGGAACCCGGGCACCUUUUGGUUUUUAGCCAGAUCAUCCUCAUCUUUCUUUCUCUCUCUCUCUCUCUCUCUCUCUCUCUCACUCUCUGUUUGUAAUGUGGCUGUGCAGAAAAAAAAACCUUGACCAAUGACCUUUUUAGAUUUAGACCUGGCUUAGAAAGGUUAGUUACAGCGAAAAUGCUGUGCAGUCCUCCAGACAAAAAAGAGCUUUAGUUUGGUGGUUGAGAGUGGCUUUUGUUCCAACGAGCGGAGUCUCUAGGGCAUCGUCCCUCCCAUUUUUUAAAUAGGGAGCUACUGCACUGUUCUGUUACUUCGGCUGGGCCAUCGAUGGAGAACUUGGAAGUGAGGGAGGGAGCAAGCUGCCUUGCCUUGGGAGUAUGAGGCGAGGUGCACAGCAGCCCCACUUGGGGGUCAGCCAGACCCCUCCAGAGUUUGUCACUUAGAUAAGUUAGACAUUACGUAGUGACUGCAAGACCGAGGAAGUUGAUAUUGCAAUAGAAAGGGCUUUUUACCGCUUUUUUUAAAAAAACAAAACAAAAACAAAGAAAAACUCUUUUGCCUGACUUUGGCAAAGACUUGUCUGACAAUCACUGACCAAGGACAUCCUCAGGUUAGCUUUUGUUUCCUUUUUUUAAAGACCGAUCCCCCCCCCCCCCCGGCCCCUCCGUUCCCUUACCUAGAUCCUGAUUUCCCAGUUUAGUGCUAGGUCUGUCUUCUUCAAGCAUGACGACUUCUGGGACUUCUAAUUGGUAGGCAACAGCUGUAUAGUUUUAGCAAAUUCAGUAGGGAAAAAAAUGGCAAUUCAAAAAAAUAAAAUCCCAGAGCCCGUAGGAUAGAACAGCAGCAUGAAUGUCAAAGGCGCCCGUCCCCACCCCACCCCACUCACCCUGCCUAGUCGCAAGCCUGCGUUGUGUAUGCUAAGCGUUCGUGCUUAACGUUAGCAAAUGAAAUCUUAUUUGUGCUGUUACACAGUGUGUGCGUGUGUGAAGUUAACACCAUAUACUGGGGGGAACUGCUUCAGGUUUCUUUAACUCGGUCUCUUUAUCCAGGAUUUGGUUUUUGCUGCAAGAGCUGCGGCAUCUCUUUAUUUUUUUAAAAAGCUGAUUGCAGUUUGUUGCUGGUUCCUUUCUUUCCAGGAGCCCUCUUGGGUCUGUCAUCAGAGGCACCCUAUUAAACAAAGAGGACUCUUUGUUCUUACAAUCGGGUCCCCAUUCAAUUAGUUAUUCCCCACCUAUCUUCCCAGGCCAUUCACGAGACUUAUUCUAUGGGGCUUAUGUGACUGUGUAUAUAUAUUGUUGAAGAAACUAUAUAUAUAUAUAUAUAUAGUUUCUUCAACGAUAUGUAUUAUGUGCCUCUAGCCCAGAGGAACUGAAGGAUAUCUAUUUUAUUCUGAGCAAAAGCAAAAGAAUUCAAAACUGAAGGGUGACUGCAGGUCGGGGCUUCUUCUUAGUCAAGAGAGUCAGAAAGUGAAUCUUGGGCUCACUUGUAAUGUCGAGAGGCUGUAUGCUGCCGCCAUGUCCUUCUACUCCAACCACUGUGGAAAGAUAAUGCUGUAUCAUUGAUUACUAGGAGUUAUAUUAGUCCUUUCAGUCCAGAGUCAUUUAGUAUUCCUAAAUCAGGCUGUUCCACUAUCUAAAUAAUUGACCAGUUGGGAAUCCUGCAAAUCUGCCCUUCUUGGAUAGCCUCUCAUUUCCCUCCUUACUGGAUUCCACCAGAGCGUUGCAGUUUGGCCUUGGACAAGAACAGGUGCGCCUGCACCAGGGUGUCUGCAGUGAAGAGAGGAUUGCUCUGUUUUCAUUCUUCGAUUCAUUCUUAGUUUUGUUUCGUAACUCAUAAAAUUGCAACUGAUUGCCAGCAGCUUUCCGGUUGGUCGUGAAUGGAUCGCUGCCCGUGACUCUUGAAGAAUAAACAGCAUCUGCCUGUGAACUGAAUAAGGUGUGAAAGGAACGGCACCUCCGCCAUGGGGUGCCUGCCAGUCCGUUGGAGUCCAGUGCCGCUUGCAACUUGUUCUAGCCCAGAGUAUUCAGUGUCAGUUAUUCUCGUUUGUGUAAAAGAACGAGACAAGAGUUAGGAUUAAUCAGAAGAAUCAUCCUAAUAGUAGAAAAUCCUUCUCAUCCACUAAAUUCAGGUAGGAUAAAGAGAAUGGACCAAGGCUGGAGAUAGAGUUGAAAAUGGCAUGAGAAGGUUAUCGUUCCCUUUUGGUGUGCCUUUUUUUAUCAAUCACUGGUGUCCCUUCUGAUCAACAAUUUUCAAAGUACUACAGAAGCAAGUUGCCAUGGAUACUAGAAUACCUGUUUCAUUAUACCACGAGUGCUUUGUAAAAAGCUGUUGUCUGUCUCCAAUCCAUGUAAUUCAUUUUAGACCAGUGGAAACACUGGUAGGCUCAGACACUGUGCUGCAGGACAACCUGACUGGCUGUCCAUUGCCUUCAUUUCAUUGAUCAAACUCUAGAACCAAACAAGAACCCCCCAAAUCACUGUCAGGGCAUUGGUGUGAAAGAUGCUACGGAACGGCCCAAACUUUGGGGAGCAGCAAUCUCCUGUCAGUGAGCUGGAUGUUCUUUUGUCUUGACAGCCACUGCAAACAUCCUAAGGAAUGGCGGAUUAUAGAGUCGAGUAAUUUUUACUUUCAUAUGUUUUGGGCAAAUAUGGUUUUUGCAGGUUUCACCAAAGUAGGGAGUUCAUUUCAAGUACACUUUUUCCACCAAUGGUUAGCAUACCAGAUCCAGACAAUCUGUAACAAGCUGCUCUGACUUUUGUUUAAUGGUGUGCUUGGUAUCAUUGCUUUGUUUUUAAGCAGUUUUCAUUAAUACCUGGAAAAGGCAAUGAUUUCUGCAUUGGGAUGCAGUAAGGAAAAAUUACAGCCAGAACCAAUCUUCCUGAAGUGAAAACGGGGCGGGGGGGGGGGGGGUUGUCAUCUUUUUUAUUGUUGGAGAGAGACCAUAGUUUGCUACUUAUGGUAUGUACACAAACCGCAGUUUCAUGUCUGGUGAAUAAGGUUUUGCAGGUUUAUAUAUUGUUUCAAAAUCGUGCAAAACCUGUUUGCCUCACAAGUAGUAGAGAAAUAAACAUGCAGGGCAAAUAUCUCAAACUAUUUCAGCUCAUUUAGGACGUGCUGGGCUGGAUCCCAAACAACCAGGAUUUGUGCCCCACUUCACAACUUUCUACCCAGCCCCUGCAGGCCAAAAUCCCCCCCCCCAAAUAAAUACUGUCCCCCAGGACAAGCAUUUUGGGCUGCAAAGGGAGGGAAAGGUGAGAAAGUCAUACUCUGCUGAUGAGACUCCUUCCAAGCGAUCCAUGCCACUUCUGUCUCCAGCCCUUGUUCCAGCAGAUUGUCCCUUAUUCUUCCUUCUCUCCAGUUGCCUUUUUUCUAUAAUUAAAAGAUUAUUCUGUAUUUUGGAAAAGCAGAUAUCCAAGGUGGCCAUGUGGGUGAAAGUUGCAUCUUUUAGCUGAUGCCAGAAUAGGGGGAUUUCUGCUUUGUCUGCCCAAGAGAAGUGUUUGGAGUAAGAAUCCACAGUAACAUCUCACUAUUUUGGUGUCUUUUUAAAACAAUCUCCCCAUCGGCAAGGGAGGAAAGAUUCCUGUAGUCUCAUUUCAAAGAAAUACUGCAUUUAUCUGACUCCACCAUGGUUACCAGAUUAUGAAGAUCCUGCAUCUCUGGCAAUCAGACAUAAUUCUCAUCAUGCAGUUACUGCAAGUUUAAAAGUCUGUAUUGUGGAGUAAUUUCAUGCUUGUGGUCUCUCGGAGUAGGAAUGUUUUGCUAUCAUCCUUGUCUCGUACUGUUUUGAAUCAGUCCAAGGUUAUCUUUGAUAGUGAACAAACUCGGGUGAGUGAGUUGCUGUCUAAAUCAGUAGUAUUUGCAGAUUUCCUGGAAAACCUGUAUUACCUUGAAAAAUUAGGAAGCCUUCAAGGAGAAAAAGCAGUGGCAGACUCAACUCAGAAAAAGCUGUGGCAGACUCCACUAUUACUAAAUUUCUGCAGUGUAUAGCUCCGUGGGAACGUUGGAUGUGUAUAAGUAGAGCAACGAGGCCCAGUGGGUGUGGAUGUCACCCUGGGUGAACUGACUAUGCACCCACAAAUCCUUUCCAAUAUGAAAUAAUUAUUUAGUUAUAGGCUCCCCUGAUUGAUAGAAAGCUUGAUAGCCAUCAAUCAAGGUAUCGUCCCAGCCUCUUUGAAAGGUUCAGGUGGUUCAAUUUCAGUACAGAUAUGUUGUUUUCUCCCCCCAAUAAGGAUUUGUCAGUGAGUAGCACUGUUUGUCAUGGCUAUGAGUCUGUGGUGGGACAUCGAUGGUUCAAGAGGGGCAGAUACCUUUGUUUGAGUACUCCUACGUCACAACUGCUCAAGAUCAAUGACAAAGAAAGCCCAAAAAUUCCAACCAGGAUUCAUCCAAGGAAUGAGUAGAAAUUUUAGACUGCCCUGUUCGCUUUUCUCAUUUUACUAGAAGCUGGCUAUACUUUGUUUGUGUGUAUGUGUGUGUGUUUCACUCCCUGGUAUCUAAGUCACUGAUGUAGGAUUGGGGCAGGUUAGAUUAUCCUGCUUUGUCUUCUCAGAUAAGGCAGAGAUCCUGAUUUUUCAGAGGCCAAAGCAGUGCAGCAGUUUAGGUGACCACAUCUGAGCCCUGCAUCCCUUUGCUUCCCUUUUGGUAGCUUGGAGGAGAAUCAUCUUCCAAAUCUUGGAAUUCUUGGCUGAAACUGAUGUUGAACUGGGCAAGGAGAUGACCAUCUCUUUGUAUCUGGAGGAUGGGUUAUUUUCCACGUUAAUACCCUUCUCCAGCACCUUUUUGGCAUUUCUUAGAUUAGAAUUUGCCCCCUCAGCGCGACUCAAAUAAGGUAACAUUGAAAGGAAUGACUUGCUAUGCAUCUUUGGGCAAAGAUGUGGGCAUCUGUGUAAUAAAAAGAAACCUUUGUAUUAUUUUGAUGUAUUCCUGGAAUGGGGGGAGGUAGUCACCAGUUUUAUAAUUAGGCUAUGAAAUAGCUCCUCUUUUAAGAUGGUACAGUGGUGAAAGAUGAGCUUUUUUGUUGCUCUAGACCAGGCUUGUCCAACUCUGGUACCCCCCAGAUGUUCAUGGACUACAAUUCCCACCAGCCCCUGCUAGCAUGGCCAAUUGGCCAUGCCAGCGGAGGCUGAUGGGAAUUGUAGUCCAUGAACAUCUGGGGCACCAGAGUUGGACACCCCUGCUCUAGACCAUGAAUCUUUCCUCUGCAGCCUGUUUAGUGGUCUGCUUCAUGCCCUGUAGAUUCUUCUGGUGCUUGGUGAGGACCUUAGUCUUUUUCAUUCACAACCCUGCCCUUCCGCUCUCUUUGACUCAUUCACAUCUCUUCCUAUCCUUCCAGUGUUGGUCUACAUGAUAAGUAUAUACUAUAAAGCCCUGAGCUGUAGGUGUCAAAAGUAACUAUGGAAUGUGAUUUUAGUCCUCUUGUGGGUGCUUUAUUCUCUCUUUUUGUUCUUUUCUUCCUUUCUCUAUCCCCUUCUCCACUCAUCUUUUGGCUCAGUGGAAAAGGUGAGGACAAAGACUUGCUGCUUGCUUGGAGUCAUGAUGAUGUUCCCCGUGACUGCGCUAUUAGCUGCCUCCUUCUCCCUCCCCUUUUCUCCCCCACCCUCCAAUGGAUAUAAGAUUUUCUGAAGUGUGGAAAUACCUUUCUUGAUAAGUAGGUUUAAAAAAAAUGCACAAUGUGGUCCUGUUUCAUAGUUCCUAGGUGGUUGUAUUAAAAAAAAAAGUUAAUGUGGUUUCUGUGUUUUUAAAAGGAAAAAAAAGUGAUUGGUUUAUUAAUCUGUCCUUUUUCAUUAUAACAAGCUUUGUUUUCCAAGGUU